AUGGCCCCGCCGCCGCCGUCGAGUGCGGCCUCCACUUCGGUGCAAGUCGCCCUCCGCAUCCGCCCAACGACCUCUCAAGACCUUACUUCCAUUCCGUCUCGCUUUCAGCGUAAUGCCAUCACUGCCGUCUCGAAUACCACCGUCAGCGUGGAUGUCACUCCUUCCCCCGGCCCUGGUGCACCCCCCGCGCCCGCAGCUUCCGCCAAUAACGCCAAAAAGCAGAUGUUCACCUUCGACCAGGUCCACCCGCCCACAAGCACCCAGUAUGAGAUGUUCGUCUCUACUGCGCAGCCCCUUAUCUCGCGCUUCGUGGAGGGCUUCAACUGCACCAUCCUCGCAUACGGUCAGACCAGCAGUGGCAAGACGUUCACGAUGACGGGUAUCGAGUUGGAUGCGGAUCCCUCGGACCCUACCAACGGUAUGGGUAUCAUCCCCAGAGCGGUCUCAAAUAUCUUUGCGCGCUGCAGAGAUAUGAAGGAAGAACGCGGCGCGAACUGGAACUACAACAUCAAGGGCUCGUAUAUUGAAAUCUAUAAUGAAGACCUAAUCGACCUAUUGGCGGACACCGCCGGCAAGCGGGACGUGCAGAUUCGGGAGGACAAGCAGGGACAUAUUAUUUGGGAGGGUCUCCGUGAGGUUAACGUGAAGUCGGCGAACGAGGUCAUGAACUUGAUUCGGCAGGGUACCUCCAUUCGGCGAACGAACGAAACCGACAUGAACGCCCAGUCGUCUCGCUCACAUGCCAUCUUCUCAUUGACGCUGAUUCAGAAGAAGUUCACUGGAAGUGGUCCUCCCCCUCGUUCAUCAUCACCUCUGCCCCCUGGCGGAAGAUCACCCUCACGUAUCGGGCGGCCAGGUUCCGUAAUUGGUCCCGCCGGUAGCAGUAGCAGGGUAUCUUCGCCCACCUUCGGCCGCCCGUCUACACCCAGUUUCCAGUCUGCUAUUGCGCGGGGCGGGCGACCUGCUAGUUCCUUGGGUCUACUAUCCCCGGAUAUGGGACGGAACGGCGCUUCCAAGGAUACAGGCGACGCUUCUGGAGGAGAAUGGGUUACCGUUGUCUCGAAGUUCCAUUUCGUUGACUUGGCUGGUUCAGAGCGGUUGAAACGUACAGCCGCUGCCGGCGAGCGUAUCAAGGAGGGUAUCUCCAUCAAUAGUGGUCUUCUAGCGUUGGGCAACGUCAUCUCCGCGCUCGGUGAUCCCGCACGAGCCAAGUCUCACACGGCAUCCUAUAUCCCCUACCGCGACUCCAAACUCACGCGACUCCUUCAAGACUCCCUCGGAGGUAACGCGCAUACGCUCAUGAUCGCCUGUGUUAGCCCUGCGGAGUGGAACGCGAACGAGACGGUGAACACUCUGAAGUACGCCAACCGUGCGAGGAACAUCAAAAACCGCGCGGUGGUGAACGAGAAGGAGGAGGGCUGGGACGACGUCGAGUGGCUGCAGGGCAUGGUGACUCGGUUGCGCAAGGAGGUGAAGGCUAUCAAGGAGGGUGGAGGCGCUACCGCGUCUUCCGCUGCAGGCUCCUCCGACGUGGACGUCGCACCGAAGCGAGUGCUCGCUCAGAUGUCAGAGCUGCAGAACAACUACGAGGACCUCCGGGAGAAGUACGUCGAGCGCACACAAGAGCUCACACGCCUACGCAACGAGCUCGCCGAGAAACAGCGCAACUCCGGCGGCCGCCUAGGCGGGACCGCAAAGUACGAGGAGAUCGUCGGACCGGUCAUCGAGGAGUAUGAGAAGACGAUCAGCGCGAUGGAGGCCGAGCUCAAGCUCAACCGCGCCGCUCUGAGGCAUACGAACGACUUGUACGAGGAGAAGGAGAGCGAGUUCACUACUCUCCUGGAACGGCACUCGACCACAGAGAUGUACGUGGAGGAGUUGAAGGCUCGUGUCGUCAAGCUCGCAGAGCGCGAAGCAUCCACUGAGGCCUACGUUCAUGACCUGGAGGAGAAGGUCCGACAAUAUGAUGAAUCGCAGAUGUCGUCUAGCGGUUCUAUCAGCGACCUGAAGCGCGAGCUCACGCGAUACAAGGACACGGAGUCCCACUCGUCGGAGUACAUCGCCGACCUCGAACAACGUCUCGCCAAGGCAGACGAGUCCGUUCUUGCCCUGCGUGGAACAGUCGAAGAGCUCGAACACGAAUGCGAGAAGCGCCGCAAGCAGGCCGAGUCACUGGAGGCCCGCUUGGAAGCCCUGAAGCUCGAUGGCGAGAGCUGGCGGUCAGAUCUGGAGAUGCGCGAGGCGAAGGUCAAGGCUCUAGAGCUCAAGAUGCAGGAGUGGGAGGCCAAGAGGGUAGCUGCGAACGAGGAGCGCGAGAGGCUAGGCGAGCUAGCAAAUGAGGUCGCGAAGGCGAAGCAGGAGUUCGAGCAUUCGCCCACGAAGACCAACGGCGCCUCGACUGGUGCCCACUCGGAGGUCUCCUCGAUCCACGAGAAUGAUGGCUCGCCCGAGAGUCAGCUCGUCGCCCUCCAGCAGACGCAUACAGCCACCCUCGCCGACCUGUCAACAGUUACCUCCAAGUAUCGGGAUGCUCUUCGCGAGAUCGCGGACCUGGCUGCUCAGCUUCAGGAGGCGAAGGUAACUGCCCCCGUUCCUCCCGCCGAAUCCCCCGAGCGCAGCGGGGAGCUCUCUCCGAAGCGCAGGAUGCACCGAGGUAUGUCGAAGGACGGGCAGGAGGCUUCGCUGAACGGAACGGGCCGCCGCCUUUUCUACCGCAACGCGGCGUCGGCCGAAUCUCUCCACUCCAGAUCGCUCUCACAAUCUGUAUCGCUCUCGCAGGAGCUGUCCUCGGCCAGAUCGCGCAAAGCCUCUACGUCCAGUCACGGGACAAGUAGCUCCAUCUCACAGUCUCCAGGACAUUCGCGGCCGAACCUCUCGAUAUCCCUCCCGUCUGUCACUGUUUCACCCACCGAACGCUCCGUUGCGAGUCUCGAGGAGGAGAUCAUGCGUCUCCAGGACGUCCUCAAGGAGCGUGAGGCGGAGAUCUCCGUUCUAGAAUCCUCGCUGAAAGACAAGUCCGAGCCGAACGGCCACCCCUCGAGUUUGGCUGCCGAACUCGAGCGCUCGCCAUCUCUGAACCACAACGACGACUACGUGCACCUCUCCCCCAAGACGAUCAACCACUUCUCUGAGAUCCGGAAGAGCCUUGACUUGCAUCAUGCCAACCAAUACACUGUGUCCGAUGUCGACGAGUCGCUGGUUAGACUCAAUGAGCUUAUGAUCUCUAUGGCCCAGAAGGAGUCGUCCCACAAGGAGGUUGUAGACGACCUCUCGACCCAGCUCAGUCAAGUCCGGAAGCAGCACGAGGAACUACAAGUGCUCUCUCGGGACCAGACGCUUAACAUGAGCAUGGAGCUUGAGGCGCUCCGGAAGAAGCAUGCGGAAGAUUUGGCGAACCACGCUCAGGACUUGGAGAAGUUGGAAGACUUCCAAGCCCGCGAGGAGUCGCUCACCAAGACGCUCGAGGAGUCGCGGCAGCACGAGACCGAGCUACAGUCGACACUAGACGAUCUCAAGAAGCGCGAGGCCGAUCUCUUGGCCUCGUUGCAGCAAGCCGAGGAGCUUCACGCUUCCGAGAUCCAGCAGCUCAAAUCUGUGCAUGAGGACGCUAUUCGCGUGAAGGAGGUAGAGCUCGAGGCGCUGGUGGCUCAACUCAAGCAGGAGCACGAAGCUUCCAUCGGACCGCUCCACGCCCAGGUUGCCGACUCCUCGGCAGCGCUCGAGUUGGCGCAGCGCGAACACGAAGAAGCGUUUGGGAAGCUCAAGGCCGACCACGAAACGGAGUUACGCCGACGGUUGGAUGAGGCGAACGAGCUUCUUGAGAACGCCCGCACGGAGCAUGAAGCCACUGUCACCAAGACUUCUUCCGACCACCAGGCGGCGCUCGAGGCUCUCAAGUCGCUUGAGGAGAUGCAUGCCGCCAGCCUGUCACAUACGGAGGACGAGUACUACAACGGCCUCACGAAGCUUCGUAGCGACCACGCCGCGGUUCUCGAGAAGCAGACCACUGAAGCCGCUACCGCGAUGGAGCGUCUCAAGGAUGAGCACGUACGAGAACUCCGUAUGGCCGAGAUCGCGCGCGAGGGUUCGCUCUCCGAGUCUCAGUCCUCCCGGGACGUCGCCUUGCAGGAGCUGCAGGAGGCCCACGCAUCAGCUGCUAAGAACAAGGAGCAGCAGUUCGCGGAUGACUUGCAGAAGCUGAAGGACGAACACGCCGAGGCUCUCACGACGAAACUCGACCAGCACCGUGAGUCUCUCCAGCGGCUGAAGGCCGAUCACGCUGCGGUCCUGAGCAAGAAGGAGACCGAGUUCGGCGACCAGCUGGAACGCCAGGAGGCUGAGCACUCCCGUGCGCUUUCCGACAAGGACAAGGCACACCGGUCCGCGCUUGAAGGGCUCACAGCCGAGCAUUCCGCGGCCCUUGCGAAGCUCCAGGACGAGUCCGCGAAGCAGAUCGCCCUACUCACCGCUGCACUCGAAGCGAGUAAGGCCGACCGGACUUCUUCGGAAGCCAACCUUCGGACAGAGUUGGAGAACACGGUGUCGGCUUUGAAGGAGCAGCACGCGGCGACCCUGGCCGAAACUGAGCGCGCACAUGCGGAGGAACUUCAACGGCUCGUCGAGUCGCACACGUCCGCCCUGUCUUCUUCGGAAAGCGGCUUGGAGGAGCAACGGUCUUCGCUUGUCAAGGAGCAUACCGAAGAGCUCACCCGUCUCAAAGCCGAACACCAGAGCGCCCUUGCAGAGCUCCAGGCCGCCCUCGUCGCGACUGAAGAGCAGCACCGCUCGGAGCUGGACGAGUCGAGGUCACAGACCGAACAGCUUCUCGCUUCUGAGAAGGAGCAGCUGAAGGUCACGCUUGCCGACGUGGAGAAGACCCAUUCCGCGGAGCGUGAGACUUUGCUGAAGAACCACAACCUUCUUCUGGAGGACCUCCGGAAGAAGCAUGCCGAGGAGCUGGAGGCGUUGUCGAAGGACCACAAUCUGCUUCUCGAUGAGCUCGACACGCACAAGGCCGCGUCGGACGAGUAUGCGAGCGCGCGAGAGGAGAUGCGCGAGUCGCACGUCUCCGCCCUUCAGGAGAAGUCGCGGAUCAUCGACAGUCUGCACCAGGAGCUGUCGACGGUACACAACGAGCGCGAGGCGCUUGCGAUGGACGUCGAGAGGUUGCGCGCUGAGCUCAACAGCACCCGGGAGGAGCAGGCCGCACUCAUCAAGGAGGCGUCGAAGCGGCAGUCGCUCGUCGACGAGCUCGAGCACCACCGGUCCGUCAUCGCGGAUAUGCAGGAGAACUUGCAGAGGACGCGGGACGAGAUGGACACCUUGAUGGCCGAGAAGCACCGGCAGGACGCACUGCUGCGCGACUUGCAGAGCCAGCAGCUUGGCAGCCCGACGCCGGGGGCGCGUCCGCCCGUCGAUCGCGGUAUUUCAUACACGCGCGCAGCCGGCAUGUCGCCUGGCAAGCUGCCGCCGCCCACUCCACCACCGACGGUGCCCAUCCCGCCAGCGCCGCGUGGGAUGCACGAGCAGAACGGAUCGUCGUCGACGACCAUGUCAUCGCGGAGCGUCAGCGUCGACUCGGAGUCGCCGUCAACACCCGCGACGUCCAUCGCACAUUCGCUUGCAAACGGACUGCCACCAUCGCCGCUGUCGGCUUCCGUUGGGCCCGAUCCGAAGACGGCCGCACAGAUGCAACUGCAGGCGAAGCGUCUCGAGGAGCAGGAAGCGAUGAUCAAGACGCUGAACAAGCAGCUGACGCACUGUGAGAGCGACCUGCAGGCUCACAUGGACAUCGUCGCUACGCUGGAGGCCUCGCUUGGAGACUCGGAGAAGAACCUUCGGAAGGCGCGGAUGCAGGCGACGGAGCUCGCGCGCGAGCGCGAUAACCUGAACGGGCAAAUCGUGAACCUUCGCCAGGAGCUGAACGACACGAAGGCUGAGGUGGUCAAUGUCCGGCGGUCAAUCGUGGAAGAGAAGCAGUCGCUCGAGAGCCGGCUGGACGAGGAGCGACGAGCGAAGGAACGAGCGCGCGCACAACUGGACAGCCGGAUGGAGGAGUUGCAGCGGCGCAAGUCGAAGUUCGCCUGCCUAUGA